AUGCAGCACCUCAACUCAUCCAACAGCUCGCUCACCGCUACUGUCUCAACUGUGAACCUGAUUUCCAGUAGUGUGCUGGCAGUUUGCUUUAUACUGGGAGUCACUGGUAAUAUUGCUGUAAUGGUGCGUCUGUCUGGAUGGCUGAAGAGAGGCAGUUUCACCCCGAGACUGAUGCUAAGCCUGGCCAUAUCAGAUCUACUCACUCUGAUUUCUCUGCCCAUUUGGAUUUGGGCUCUUCUGCAUGGCUGGGGGUUUGGCUUGGUCUUCUGUAAGCUUCUGUGUGUGAUUUUGAUGAGCAUGCAGCGAUAUAUCCAAGUGCUGCAUCCUGAGAAAUGGAAGAAGCUUGGCAGAAAUGGAAAGAAGAUCCUUUUGAGUGGGCUGUGGAUGCUAAGUGCAGUUUUAUCAUGCUAUACUCUUGUACAGCGCAAUCUAAGCUUGGACAGAGGAGGACGACUUCAGUGCAGGCAAAAAUAUCGGAAUGAGGUUGAAAGAGUGGCUACUUUAAUCUGGCAGAUUAUAAUAUUUGUGGCUUCAUCUACCAUCGUAUCUUAUUUCUACUUUCAACUUCACAGAGGAGUUAAUAACUCAGCUUUCUUUAGCAGUAACUUAUUGACCAAGCUGGUGACCAGAAUUGUGGUGUGUUUCUUCAUUUUGUGGAUCCCGAAUCAAAUCUCCGACAUUGUGAUCAUCUUUGCUGUAUUGACUGGAAAUGACAGUCUGUUAAGAUCUGCAGUAUCUAGAGAGAAUGUUACUACAGCUCUGGUUUUUAUUAACGGUUGUGUGAACCCCUUCCUGUACGCUUUCUCUGCUUGGGCUCUACAACAGGGAACAGCUGGAACAGAUGAUCCAUAGUUUCUUGGAGAUAUAGAGGUUUGAGAGAGAAGAUGAACUUUUCUAACAGCCUAUCAAGGACAUUUUUUCUUUCAGUCUAUUUUUAUAGUUUUUUUGCACCUUCUAAUUCUUUUUUAUAACACCUUUUAAUAUAUUCUUUCAGAUUAAUUGAAUCAAUUUAAAGUGAGUCUGUAUGAUUUUUCAAACUUUUAAUCUACCUAAUACAUUUACACCAAUAGCAUAAUUGCUUGAAACAGUUGAUGUAUCCUAAGUCUGUAACCUAGUGAACGAGUGUUAAUGUAUUCAUUGCUGGAGACUUCAAAGCACUUUUGUACAUUGCUCAGGAUAAGUGCAUCUGCCAA